AUGUCUGUAGCUGAAUCUCUCCGAGAGUUUGUGACCGAGCGGCUCGCUGCUGCUACUGAAGACAUUUUGGGAGUUUUGAACAGAACUGUGGUCCAGUACGAGGAAGAGCUGGACCGUCAACGCAGACUGCUGGAUUUGGUUUGGAAACCUCACAUUCUCUUACACAGAAUCGGUAAGAAGAGCCAAGUUUAGACUGAAUAAUGAAGCAGAAGCUCGGUUUAGAUCAGGGCUGCCUCUCCUCUCGGUUUCCAUGUAUAAAUACUGUGAAUAAAGGCGGAGGAACAACCCUGUAUGAGUUCAACAAUAACUGUGCUGUGUUAAUGUGGUGCUAUUGUGUCAGUGGUUCUUAAUCUGCCGUUAACGAUCAGAGGAAGAUCAAGGAGUCCGGGGGACGCUCUCGGACGUUGACCCCGUCCUCUUUUGUUCCCUCGAGCUGUUAUAAUGACCCGGUACCAAAACUCAUCAUGUGGACAGAAAACAGGGGAAAGAAGGGGAAACCUAAGAAUGACAGACAUGUGUGUUGUUGGAAAAAGGUGGUUUACUGUCACCUUACGGGUUAGUUUUACGUCCAACUUAUUUGACUCCUACAGGAAGGCCUUAACACUAGAAGGACCGCAGAGCAGCCAUUUGGCUUUACCCCCCUCAAGGUCCACGGGGCAGCCGAUCGGCUGGAAGGAUUUUAGUUAACAUCCUAAAUCACCCGCGAACACUCAUUUUGUUAUGCAAACGAGGCGAUCGUUGGCGCACCACAGGAGGGGACUGGACUAAGUGGUGUAUGCAGUGGGAAGGGACAACAGAAAGGAAGGGAUCAACACACAUGGGUUGUUUACUUUGUUGCUGAAAUGUAUGGAUUUAAAAUAAACGAAAUUUAAAAAACUGUAUAGAAUAAGAACAAGAAUCACAAUCACAAGGGGUUUUAUUGCUAUUGUCAAUGAACAGGUUUCACAGACUAGGAAUUUUUUUAAAGGGUUGGUGCAUUAUUAAACGGAGAAUAAUAUGUAAAAUACAAGAAUAAAAAAUAAUAAGAGCAUGCAGGACAUAUAUAAAGUAUAAAAGUAUGAAAGGCUAUGUACAAUGCUAGGAUUUUUUACGGCGUGAAGGUGCACCAUUAAACAGAGAAUAAUAUGUAAAAUACAAGAAUAUAAAAUAACAAGAGCAUGCAGGACAUAUAUAAAGUAUAAAAAGGUUGGUGAUGGACUUCAGGUGGAUAUGCAUCAUCAGGAUACAAUGUUAGAGUGUCACUCACAAUCCUGGCACUGCCAUGGUAUCUCCCUUCUGCAUUUCCCACAUGUGUAUCUGUAGCAGUCAACACAUCGCACAGUGGCAUGAUUGUUCUUACAGUGAUUUUUAACCUGGCACAUGGCUCUUUUUCCAGGGCUAGGUGUGGAAGGUUGUUGCCGAAACAAUUCUUCCUUUCGGGCCUUCCUCGCAGUUACAUGAGAGUUAGCCAACUCUCUUGCAAGCUCCACCAGGAAGUCCACCCGUCUCUCCUUCCUCCCGGUGCAUGCUUGAUACAGCACAUGUGCAUUCAAUGCUGCCAUAUCAAUCAUGUUAUAGAACACAGCGACUGGCCAGCGCCGUGUUCCUGUGCGGACAGUGUACUCCCGCACCAUCUGGUCCAUCACAUCCACGCCGCACUUUGUUGCAUUGUAAAGGGUGAUGGUGUUUGGCUUCCUUUUGGUGGUACUCUCAGUCUGAACCACGCUGUGCAUGCUGCUGAGAACGUACACUGUCUUCUUCCGUUUGGGCGCAUACACUGUCAGCGUGGCUCCAGUGGUUGAAAACACCUGAGUGGUGAAUUCAUUGCGGUCCAUCUGUCUGGAUGACUGUGGAAUUUCCUGGCGAAUCUUGUUGACUGUGCCUAGGAUGGUGGUUUUCCGCCUAAGCAGUCGUUGCGCAAGUGACAGUGAUGUAAAGAAAUUGUCCGUGGUAACAUUUCUGCCCUUGUCCAGGAAUGGUUCCAUCAGCCUCAUGAUUACAUUCUCAGACAGUCUCUCCCCACUGGGACGACUGGGGUCCUUGCCAAGAUAUGGGAGGACAUUGCAGAUGUACUUGGAUUUCAAGUCACAAGCCACCCAAAACUUGAUCCCAAACUUGUCAGGUUUCGUUGCAAUGUACUGCAGGAAACAGCAGCGAGUCUUUGAGGGGAAAAGCUGUUCGUCAAUGGUGAUGUGUCGACCAGGGUUGUAGCAUGUGAUGCAGUUGGUGACAAAUGACGACAUGGUCAUUCUCACAUUCACACUCUCAACAACCAGGUUUUACAUCAUUUAUCUGGCUGAAGGUUUAUGUCUUCUCCAUCCGAGUCACAAAGGUUUACUCCAUCCAGGACCAUUUCCAGUGUUGAGUCUCCUCUGAAUCUUCGUUCCUCGAAGAGGAGGUUUGUACAUCACGGAAUUCUUGAGGGUGCCGAAGUAGUAGGCUGUGUGCAGUGAGAUAUUUAUCCACCACAGCAAAGAAGGAAUUACCUCUCCUGUGAGUGCAAUAGGCUACAGGAAAAUGUGAUAAAUUGUCAAUCAAACAGUGAUUCUGUGAAUGGGAGUGGUUGCGGUCACCUGAUUGUUAUGGUCAUUCUCUCAUUCACACUCUCAACAGCUUCACCAGAGUAUAAAAAAUGUAGUGUCAUAUGCAAACAGUAUGCAAUUUAACAAUUUAGAUACAUUUACAAUGUCCUUUUUAUAAAGUACAAACAGUUUUUGUCCGUGGACCGACCUCUGGGGCACACAACAGGUUAUAUUUAGUAACCCAGAUUUUACAUCAUUUAUUUGUACUAACUGUCUGUGCAGUGGCUAUGGCUGAAGCAGUUUCUGUCUACAGUUGUUUCCAGGUUGGAAACUCCCCUCCCCCUCCCCACUCACUCUCCCCACAACACAAGUUUCCUUGAAAUAACUUAGCAUAUCCCCUCCUGUGGUGCACCAGCGAUAGCCUCGUUUGCAUAACAAACUGUGGUGAUUUAGUACUAGCUAAAAGCCCUCCAGCCAUUUGGCUGCCCUCUGGCCUUUAUAGGUAGAACAGCAAAAAGCUGGUCCUUCUAGUGUUAAGUGACUCCUGUACACAAAGCUGAGCCCUUUGAGUUCAUCACAUACCCCCUUGGGUGUCUUCUGUUUGUAUAGAUGUAAACCAGUUUGGCCUCUGUGAGCUCUAUUAAUGGAUACUAUGUUAACUAAUAGCCAUUGUGAUUCUCCUGCAGUACAAAAUGUUUAAAAGUGCCUGAUGGGUGUGCUUCCAACAUGACGACAAAGUACCUUUUGAUUGAUUCUGACUUUAGUUUUGUGAUCUCAGACAAAAGUAGUUGCCCAGUGCACAGCACCAUCAGUCCUUUUCACUUAGUGCAGAGGAAGACAGGAUAAAAUGAGUCCUCACAAAUGAGGACUGAACAGUUCUUUCUCUCACGUUGACUUGGUCUCAUAUUUUGUGACUUCAUUUGUGUAAUAUAACUGCUAUAUUCUCAUAAAGUAAUAUUAGUCUUUAAUGCAUUUUAUAAUCUUGAUUUUACUCGUUCUCUUUAAGUUACAGAUUAUUUUCCUACUCUUUUCUUCAUAGUAUUAAAACUUAUUUUACACUGUGUUGCUAAUUUUAUGUCGUUUAUCAUGCUAGAGUCUGUCAGUAUUGCACCUCAAUUCUUCAACAUUUUAACUGAAUUGUGUUUAAUAUUACAACUCUAUCCUUAAAAUAUUACAUCCUUCUCGUGAUUCCAAUUCUCUGUUUUCUGUUCCAUCUCAUUGACGUAUUUAUGCUUCUGUGUUCCUGCAGAUCUUCCGCAACAUCAUGACUGUGAGGAGGACGAGGUUGUCUCAGACCUGCAGCCCUGGAACCAGGAGAGGAACUCCAGUCCAGAACAAGAGGACCCAGAGCCUCUACAGAUCAAAGAGGAAGAGGAGGAAUUCUGCACCGGUCAGGACAGAGAGCAGCUGGAACCAAAGCAGGAGACUGAACACUUGAUGUUAACUCUAACCUGUCAUGAACCAGAAGUAAAGAGGGAAGACCAGUUCCUGUCUCACAACUCUCAUGAGGCUGCAAACCAAGAUCCACAGGAAGACAAGCUCACAGAGUCAGAAUCAACUUCAAAAUCAGAACAACAUCCCCCCAAAAAAGUUCACAAAAGAAGAAGUAAGAAGACAAAACAGCCUAAGGUUCACUCUGAUCCUCAACAAGGUGAAAAGACCUUUAAAUGUGACACAAAUAGGGAAACGUUUACCAGCAAUUCAAAUUCACAGACACAUGUAAGUGUUUUCACUGGUAAGAAGAAGCAUACUUGUGAGAGGUGUGGGGAGAUAUUCAGAUACAAGUAUUUGCUAAAAAAACAUGCAAGAUCGCACACAGGUGAGAAACCGUACUUCUGUUGCACUUGUGGGAAAAGCUUCAGAGCAAAUUCCUAUUUUAAAAAGCACAUGCUAAUUCACUCUGGAAAAAAGCUGAACACCUGCAAAACAUGCAGCAAAUCUUUUGUCACUACAGGUAACCUGAGAACGCACAUGAGAACACACACAGGUGAGAGACCAUACUCCUGCAGCACUUGUGGAAAAAGCUUCAGUGUGAAUUCAAGUUUAAAAGAGCACAUGCGAAUUCACUCAGAAGAAAAGCUGUUCACCUGUGAAACAUGUGGCAAAUCUUUUGUCCAUACAGGUAGCCUGAAAAUGCACAUGAGAAUACACACAGGUGAGAAACCAUACUCCUGCAGCACUUGUGGGAAAAGCUUCAGAACAAAUUACUAUUUAAAAAAGCACAUGCCAAUUCACUCUGGAGAAAAGCUGAACACCUGUGAAACAUGUGGCAAAUCUUUUGUCCUUACAGGUAACCUGAAAAUGCACAUGAGAACACACACAGGUGAGAGACCAUACUCCUGCAGCACUUGUGGAAAAAGCUUCAGUGUGAAUUCAAGUUUAAAAGGGCACAUGCUUAUUCACUCAGGAGAAAAGCUGAACACCUGUGAAACAUGCAGCAAAUCUUUUGUCAGUGCAGGUAAACUGAGAAGGCACAUGAGAACACACACAGGUGAGAGACCGUACUCCUGCAGCACUUGUGGAAAAAGCUUCAGUCAGAAUUCAGGUUUAAAAGAGCACAUGCUUAUUCACUCAGAAGAAAAGCUGUUCACCUGUGAAACAUGCAGCAAAUCUUUUGUCAGUACAGCUAGACUGAAAAUACACAUGAGAAUACACACAGGUCAGAGACCAUACUCCUGUGGCACCUGUGGGAAAAGCUUCAUUGUGAGUUCACAUUUAAGAACGCACAUGCUUGUUCACUUAAGAGAAAAGCUGCUCACCUGCAAAACAUGCAGCAAAUCUUUUAACAGGAAGGAUCGACUAAAACUGCACAUGAGAACACACAGGCGAGAGACUGUACUCCUGCCGCACUUGUAG